ACGCUCAAAGUGUCAAACAUGAGGCAUUACUCCGUACUAAAUAAUUAGCUCUCCAAAUAUUAAUAGUUAGUUCCCUGAAUGGCACCACCUGACACAUGUCACAAAACGACUUUCUGUGUAUUGAUUAAGCCUCCUAUCGCCUCUACAAAAGUCCCGAUCCAAAAACGUCCAUUUCAAAAAUUCCCACAGCUCAACAUUUCAUUGCACCGUCAAAUUCACCAGCAAACUCCAAGCUACACACAAUCAUGUCUGAGAUUAUCAUCAAAGAUGAAGACUUGACUAGCCUCAAAGGCAAGGUUGUUAUUGUUACAGGUAGGUAAAUUUACGCAAGUUGGUUCCACAACCGCGGGGAAUAUCCGUUACUUUUUAAACCCGAAUCCAGACUCACAUAAUUUUUCAUGGUAGGCGGUUCUUCAGGAAUUGGUUUAGCAACCGUCAACCUCUUGUUAGAAUUGGGUGCAUCGGUUGUCAGCGCCGAUAUCAAUUCACCACCAGAGCCAAUCUCGAAUCCUGCUUUCCUGUUCGUUCAAACCAACGUGGCUAAAUGGGCUGAGCUUGCUGCUCUUUUCAAGAAAGCCAAGGAACAUAAUGGUCGUAUCGAUUAUGUCUUUGCUAAUGCUGGUGUCGGUCCCCGAGGCAAUUACUUGGUCCUGCAGUCAGAUGAAAGCGGAGAUCUUCAAGAACCAAUUCAUGAAACUCUUGAGGUGAAUUUCACGAGUGUAGUCAAUACUGCCUGUCUUGGCAUUCAUUACCUGAAACAAAACUCCGAGGGUGGUAACAUUGUUCUCAUGGGAUCCAGCACUGGUUUACAACCAUUGAGAGCCCCUGAUUACUGUAAGUAUAAUCAAAAUAAAACGUCAUCAAAAAAUAUACUAAACUUAGACAGCAUCCGCCAAGGCCGGUGUUCUGGGUUUCGGAAGAUCAAUCCAACGUACCAUCAAAGCUGCCGGACUCCCCAUUCGCGUCAACACUCUCGCUCCAUCCUGGACUUCCACGCAAGUCCUGCCAGAUUUGGAUGGAAUAAUGGCAGCCAUCUCUCACAAAGCUCAAUCCACCUUAGUAGUUGCACGCUCCGUCGCAUACUUGAUGGCAACUACCACCAGAGAGGGGGAUAUGCUAUACGUAUCUGAUGGAAAGUAUACGGAGAUUGAGCAAGCCGUGCUCGCACCUGCAUAUGCAACCAUUAAAGGAGAUGGACCUAGCGAUGACGAAAUUUUGGAGCGUAUUUUCGCGUUGGGUGCAUAGAUUUGUGAUUUAGGAAGUUUUACAUGUUUGUGAUUGGCAUGAAAAUUUCGGGGGUGUUUAGCAUGUUAGUGAUGGAAUUUGGGUUUGGAUGAAAGAUACCAUAUUUUAUGUACGCAUUAGUUAUGAAAUUUGAGCUGUUC